AUGGGAAGAGGCCUAACUUCGAUAUCCAACUCACCUGAAGGAGUUGGGGAGAGCGGUACCGGAAACGCUGAUGACAACAAGGAAAGUGCCCAUAAGAGAGAAGGUGCCGUUAACGAGGAGGACGCCAAUAGCGAAGAUGGUGUCAAAAAGAAAGAAAGGAACAAGGAUGUCGGCAGCAAAGAGAAGAUGGGAGAAAGGGUAAAAACGAAGAAAAAAGGCAGCAAGUCAGCGUACGAGCUCACUCGAGAGGCAAACAUAGCCCGAAACAAGGAAUUAUUGCGCCAAGUGAUGGAGAACUGCCAGAUAGGAUCAGUAAAGAAAGGAGACAAGACGAGGAGUCCGCUCCAAGGACCGAGCAACGAAUCCUCUUCCAGGACGCCUGAUAGUAUUAUGGCGACGAGAAAUGGAAUUAACGGGAUCAACUCCGAGGCUCGUGACACCGCCGAAUCAGGCGAAAUUUCUCCGAGCGCUGCAACAGCGCUCGAGGAAACUUCCUCCACUGCUUCCAUUCCUCCAUCUCUGCCAGUGUUGACUGGCUCCACCAGUACCGUCCCAGUCGCCGUCAAACCCACGUUAUCCGCCAGCCCGACUGCCUCAACAACGGAUACUGCAGAACAUCUUACCUCGCCGGAAGCACAUUCAGCGCCAACUUCCACUCAGCUCCCAUCAGCUGUCGCCCUGCCCCCUUCACGCCCUUCUGACACGCUGUCCACUUUAGCCGACACGAAUUCCCCUUCUCAAGUGUCCGCGGCACCUACCACUGCUGAUGAUGGUGCACAGGUCUCUGCCUUAGAAGAGCCCAUGGACGUCGAUAGUGGUGACGUGGCUUCUCGGCUUACGGUUAGCCCCCCCGCUUGGCUUGUCAACACCAGUAUGCCGGGUUACUUGCGUGCUAUUUCGAAGGAUAAUGCUUGGCAAGAGCUUAUAAACUCGUUCUUCCGUUUAGAAUGCUUGAACACGACUACUGGGAACUUACCUACCUCUUCGCGUCCAGCUGAGGUUGCAGCGUGGAUCAAGAGUAAGAAGAAAGAGGUACCGCCCGAGGUCGACGCGGAUACCUACGGCUCCUCGUUCAUGAAUUGGUGGUUUGCCAUCCAGCCGACCUGGAGGUUGUCUGACAACGCAUCGUUCGUUUACGAGGCCCCGCCUGACGAGGACUGGCGAUUGCUCCGUAAAGGUGGAUCUGCCGGCCUCUAUACCGUUGUUGUGGCUCUUUCAUGGUGGAUCCGAGUGUUGCCUUCACAUCUUCCCCCUUGCUUGCGUGCGUGGUCGGCUGUUCAAGACGUUCAGUGGGUCAUUGAUCAGAUUUACGAGAUGGUCGCGCGUACCGCGAAAGGAACCAAGCGAGGUCGCGAAGAUCUUGCGCUGCAAGCCCCACAGUCAAACAACGCCAAAAGAUGUCAUUCAGGUUAA